GUGUCAGACAGGUGUGACUACGUGUUUGUGAAUGGGAAGGAGAUGAAGGGCAAGGUGAGGAUGAUGGUGAACUUCACCUACAGCUACCUGAGUGCCCAACUGGAGAUGAACGUGUGGAUCCCACGGCUGCCCCUCCAGAUCGAGGUGUCUGACACAGAGCUCAGCCAGAUCAAGGGAUGGAGGGUGCCCAUCAUGACCAGCAGCCAAAGGUCUGCACUGGACAGUGAUGAUGAGGAUGAUGAAGACCGGAGAGGAAGGAGCUGCACGUUACAGUACCAGAAUGCCAUGGUUCGAGUGUUGACACACUUCGUGGCCGAAGCUGCCGACCCCCGUGGUCAGCUGACCUUCAUGCUGGGCAGUGAUUGGCAGAUGGACAUCACUGGGCUGGUGUGGGACUUCCUGAAGGUGGAGGACCCCCAGAUAGCUCAGCUACAGGACGGGUGCAUACUCGUGGGACUGGACAUGGGGAUGACCACCAUCCAGGUCCUGUCCCCCCUGUCUGACUCCAUCCUGGCAGAGAAGACGGUGACAGUAGUGAAUAACAAAGUAACCAUCACAGAGCUGGGGGUGCAGCUGGUCACCAGCCUGGCUCUGAACCUGCAGCUCAGCCCAGGGAGCAACAGGGCAAUCCUCGCCACGGCAACCACACAGGAAGUGCUGCAGAGCCCAAAACAGGAGGCCCUGAUUAGCGCGUGGCUACACUUCAGUGAUGGCUCCAUGGCUCCUCUGGACCUGUACAACUCAGACUACUUUGUCCUGACGGCCACGUCUCUGGAUGAGGAGGUGGUGACGGUGCAGCAGGACCCCUCCUGGAAGUGGCCUGUGAUCGUGACUGAGGCUGAGGGCCAGGGCCUGCUGGUCAGGGUGGAGAUGACCGUCUGUGAGCUCUGCCAGAAGUUCAAGCGGCGCAGCGUUUUGGCUGCAGGGAACUGCAACGUCAAGGUGAAGUUUGGCCAGAGCGACAGUGGCACCUCCAGAAACAGUGACUACGGGCCAGAGGGUGAGGACCUGGAGAACAGGGCCAGCGACCGCAGGCAGCAGUCCCCCUCCCAGGACAGGACUGGAUUAGAAGCCCACUACUACGGCAGCUCCAUCUCUGACAUGGAGGACGGUGUCAUGAGGAAGGUCACCACCACCACUAAGAGUACCAUCAUCAGGAGGCCCAACGGAGACAAGCUGUCAGAUGAUGGGAACCAGGUCCAGAACAUGCCAGACUUCCCUGCCCAGGUGGACCUCCCUCGCAGCCACAACAUGGAGGAUGAUCUGAUCCAGACAGCCCGGGGCCUCACUGACCUGGAGAUCGGCAUGUACGCCCUGCUGGGGGUCUUCUGCCUGGCCAUCCUGGUCUUCCUCAUCAACUGCAUCUCCUACACCCUCAAGUACCGCCACAAGGAGCUGUCCAUCGAGGGCCAGGAGAGCAUGAACCACGCCCACGACUGGGUGUGGCUGGGGAACGAGGCAGAGCUGCUGGAGAGCCACAUGAGCCUGUCCCCACAGCAGGACGAGCUCACCUCCAUGGUGGACUGCAGUGCCGGGCUGGAAGAGGGCAGCCACCUGCUCAACGGUGCCUCUUCCCAGAAGAACGUGCAGGGCCAGGUGCACCGGGCAGCAGACAGGGUGAGCUGCACAGCCAAGGACAGCAAAGGAGACUCGCCUACCACAAAGAGGAAGCGUGUGAAGUUCACCACGUUCACCACCAUCCCGUCAGACAAUGGCUGCCCCACUGUCAGCACACUGAGCAUGAGCCACAGCCAGGACAUUAAGUGGGUGUGCCAAGAUGUAGAGCAGGGGGACUCCAAGGAGCUUCGGAACUACAUGGAGAGGUUAAAUGACAGUGCUUUAAAAGAGGUGGCAUAAUCUGUGUGCUCAGUGCACUUAUAACUCACCCUUAUGCCUUUCACAGUGAGCUGGGCCUGGACAGCACCUAAUGCUGAACCUAGAAGAGGUUGAAAUCUGGAAGCAACAUUUUUGUGAAUCACAUGGGACUGCCAAAGGGAAAAUUAAUUCAAGAGGACAAAAAUAGUAAUGAUACCACACAGGACUAAUGGCAAAUCGUUAACUUGAAAAGAAACAUAUCAUUUUUUAAUAAUUUGUUUAUCUCUGAAUAUCUUCCUACCGUUUAAUCAUUAUUUCGUGAUGGUUCUUUUGUAGGUAGACUCAAGCCAUGUUCCCAGACUAGCUCUGCAUUACUGACAAAAAACAAAAUGUUACGCAGAUGAUGACAUGUAGAUUUAAGAAUGUAAAUGAACAAAUAUUCAAGAUGUAUAUAAAGUACUCAUUGAAAGGUUUUGGAAGUUUUGUAGCAUUUUGAAUAUUGAUUUCCUAUUCCACAUCCUGUCUUUUUUUUGUUUUUUGACAAAUGUCUGGGCCCAAAGGAUAGACCAGAGCCUACAGAACGUCCUGCAUGUGGUUUGAAAUAAAGGCACACAUUUUAGGUUCAUCUUUACCCGAAGGCACAGAGAAACGGCUAUGUAUAUACUGACCAGUCCUCCUACAAGGCAUUGUAUUGUUGCUCUGUAUAUUGUAUUUUCAUAACUGUCAUUUAAAGAACAUACAACAGUGUAGAGGUGCGUGUCCACUUCAAUCCACCAACCACAUGGGAAUACAUUACACAUGCCAACAUGAAUUCCUUUUUGCUACCCACUAUCUCCAAUGACUGAAUGGAGAUGAGUGCUUUUCCAGGUUAUGUCUUCAUAUAAGCCACACAGCACAAACCUGGUCGUACUCUAAUGUGGUGUAGGAGUUGUAAUGGAAUCAUUUCACAAAUGUUACAUUUCCAUGGUGAAGACAAAUGAAGCCACUGGAAG